UUUUACCCUGAGUGUUUCUUCGUCCAGUUGGUGAGAGCUUGGUUUCCUGUAUGAAUACUUAAUGCAAACCACGUGGUCUGAAAGCAGACUGCAGCUUCUUUUGUUCAAAUCAAUCAAACCGAAGACGGGUAGAGAGCUGAAUCAGGAAAUCACCGAUUGAAGAAUGCCACGUAAGAAGGUGACAGAUGUCUCAGGGAAUGGAGGGAUGAAAAAGAAGAGGGCCAGUGGCAAAAGGAAAGAGAGGGACUUCAGUAGCGACGAUGAGUUUGACUAUGAACAGGAGAACAACAAGAAACCUGGCAAGCCUGCCGCCAAGUCUGGUCUGCAGCCUGUCACUGUGGCAGAUGAUGUCAAAGAGAAAAUAAAACUUGAGUCCUCAAAGGUAAAAGGUCAACUGCUAAUCUUCGGAGCAACCAACUGGGAUUUGAUUGGAAGAAAGGAGGUGCCUAAACAACAAGUGGCUUUUCGCAACCUGGGCCAGAAUCUGUGGGGUCCUCACCGCUACGGCUGUCUGAGUGAUAUUCAGGUCAGCUCUGUGGUGGCUGGCCCCUGUGCUGCACACAGUCUCCUCAUGACCACUGAGGGCAGGCUGUGGAGCUGGGGUCGUAAUGACAAAGGUCAGUUGGGUCACGGAGAUACCAAGCGCCUGGAGGCUCCCAAGGUAAUUGAGGCCCUAGCAGAUCACGUGAUUGUUGCUGCAGCCUGUGGACGCAAUCACACCCUGGCACUCACAGAGAAUGGCACUGCAUACUCUUUUGGGGAGAACAAACUGGGUCAGCUCGGCCAAGGCAACCAGACUGACGCGGUCCUCAGUCCAGCACUGAUUUCCUACAAUGGCCAGCCCCUGGUGAAGGUGGCUUGUGGCGCUGAGUUCAGCAUGGUGGUGGACUGCAAAGGAAACCUGUACUCUUUCGGCUGCCCGGAGUACGGACAGCUGGGUCACAACAGUGAUGGGAAGUUUAUAGCCCGCGCCCAGCGCAUCGAGUUUGACUGUGAACUCAUCGCUCGCCGCGUCGCCAUCUUCAUUGAGAAGUCAAAGGAUGGCCAGGUCAUGCCUGUGCCUAACGUGGUGGUCCGAGAUGUGGCCUGCGGGUCCAACCACACGCUGGUGUUGGACUCUCAGAAGCGAGUGUUCAGCUGGGGUUUUGGUGGUUACGGGCGUCUGGGUCACACAGAGCAGAAGGAUGAGAUGGUUCCCCGGCUGGUCAAACUGUUUGACUUCCCUGGACGCGGGGCCGGUCAGAUUUGUACAGGCUACCAGUGUUCCUUCGCUGUCAGUGAGAUGGGGGGGCUGUUUUUCUGGGGGGUGACAAACACUUCCAGAGAGUCAACCAUGUACCCCAAAGCUGUGCAGGAUCUGUGUGGCUGGAAAAUCCGCAGUGUGGCAUGUGGGAAGAGCAGCAUCAUUAUUGCAGCAGAUGAGAGUACGAUCAGCUGGGGCCCCUCGCCCACAUUUGGGGAGCUGGGUUAUGGAGACAACAAACCCAAAUCCUCCACCACCGCCCAAGAAGUGAAGACAUUGGAUGGCGUCUACGUUGAGCAGGUGGUGAUGGGCUACUGUCACACUCUGGUGAUUGCCAGACAGGAUACUGAGCAGGACCAGGAGAAACUGAAAAAGCUGCCGGAGUACAACCCCCGAACAAUCUGAUUGGGCCUCCAACACCGACACCUCAACCCUUGUCACCGAAGCAGGAACACCUGGCCUGUUUAGUCAUGGCUGGUGUGCUAGUGGGACGGUUGAGUUCAAGGGGGAAAGAUAUUCACAUCUCAACUACCAGCAAACUGCCUCUACAUCAAUUUGGACACUGAAAUCAGAGAACGUGGGGCUGGAGACACACAGAUUCUUUGUAUAGUCCACCAGCUCUCUCAAUGAACGGUCAAGAUAUCUUCACUUCCCACCUCGAGUGAACCUGCAAAAGUUUGCUCCAAGCACUGCACAGCUAGUAGAGUCAGUCGUGCUUGCCAAAAACCCUUCUCCAUUUUUUUAAUACAGCCAAACGUUCAUGUCUUGUUCUGUUGUUUUUUCUUUGUUGCAGUAUAUAAACAGUUGUUUGUCACAUUGACGGGUGCUACACCACAGGACCCUCAGUCUUUUCCUACUGGGGGCUUUUCAAAGACCAAUACUCCAUACCUGUGCCUUUUUCUACGCGUUUGUUCAGGAUAUGGAAGUGUUGUUCAGCAGAUCAGCUGAUCACUCUGAUUUAGUGCAUAUGGCAGUGCAGCAGGUGUGUGUGUGCAGCUGCCACAGAUUACAAUCAGGAUUUGGAAAGUGAUAUUGUUAGUGCACUCCAUUAAAUGGUUACAUUCCUUUUGUUAUCUUCAGUGUUUGCAUCGAGGAUGCACAUGUCAGUCCUUCCAAGACCUUGGUGUCUGCUAGAUCUUGUCUUAGCUUAUUUGAGUAUUAAUUAUUCUGGCGCUCAAGUGGUUUCACGAGCAGGUCAGAAUCUUCUAAGAAUAUAAUGCACACCUGCGCCUCGAAAAAUAUCAAGAUGUGCUGGACAUGAAGGCAUGUCUUUAAGAACAGCAGAGGUGUUUUCCUCCUACCUGUACUGCAGUCUUUUUUUAUGGUGAAAUGCGUUGCUUUGUUUUUUCAUUGAAAUGGUUAAAUAAAGAUUCAUGUGAACUGAU